CGUUUCGUUUCGCUCAGUCAGUCGCGAGUGUAAUCAGGUGCACGUUGGUUAUUUUUUUUAUUCUGUGCUCCCGUGACCGGAGUGUAGUGACAGCAGUGUAUGUGCGAUGCCCGGACGGUGAUCGAAGCAUGGUGAACUACGUUAACCCGCUCGCCAUGUACCAAGGCAAAGGCGGGCAGUACGGUGCGAGUGGCUGGUACGGUUGGCAACCACAGAACUUUGAGGAACAGCAGUGGUGCGCGUGGAACGGCGCGCCGGCCGGGGGUGAAUGGGUGCCGGAUCCACAUCAUUUUCCUAAACGGGAACCGGGGGAACGAGAGAUCGGGGAAAUGCCCUCGCCGGCGCGAGGCGACCUCGCGAGCCCCGGCGAAGGCUCGCCAGGCUCGCGGCCCUCGCAGCCGCCGGCCGCGCCGCGGUCUCCUUAUGAGUGGAUGAAAAAACCCAACUAUCAGACGCAAACGACGCCAGGUAAAACAAGAACGAAGGACAAGUACCGGGUGGUGUACAGCGACCACCAGCGACUGGAGCUGGAGAAGGAGUUCCACUACAGCCGGUACAUCACGAUCCGGCGGAAGGCCGAGCUCGCCGCCAGCUUGGGGCUUUCGGAGCGACAGGUAAAAAUCUGGUUCCAAAACCGACGAGCCAAAGAGCGAAAACAGGUAAAGAAGCGGGAGGAGGUCGUGAUGAAAGAGAAGGGGGAUCACGCGUCGCUCCAGCACGCGCAGCUCCACCACGCCACCAUGCUGCACCACCAGCAGAUGAUGAACGGCAUGAUGCACCACCACCACUACCACCAAGGCGUGCUGCAGGAGCCGCUGAUGCCCGGCGUGCCGCCCGUGCCGCUCCUGUGACCCCACGACGACUGUGCUCACUAUGACUACACCUAGUGACUUGUGAGGAUUGACUGUGAAUCACAAUUUUCUCUUCGCCAUGAUCUUUGAAUUUGUGAUAAAUUAAGUGCAAUGCUCUUGCGGGAAUUAUUAUAGUUAUGCCAGUAGGCAUGUUUGUAAAUCAUUAAUCGAAAUGCCUUUUUAGAUGUAAGUUGUCAUGCUUUAACAACUAGGAGCCGUACAUAGAGCUUCGUCAGGUAUGUUUGAGCACGGGUUCUUUUUCCAAUGAGGAAUCCAUUUUAAACAGUGACAUAAGUUAUUUGAACCCUAUGGUUAGAGAAACCGUAUUCAAAUAUUAAUAUCUCUUGUUAGUUUGUAUUCAGAUCCUCGUUCUUGCCUCUAAGGUAUUUAUGGUCUGCCUACCCGCGAUACUACAAGCGGAUUAUUAUAUAAGAAUUGUAUGUAUAUCGCAGCUCUUUCAAUACUGAAAGAUAUAAAAAAUUGUAAAUAUAGAUGCCUAUAUUUUUUUAUUACAUAGUACUAAUAUUUUAAUAAUCAUUUCUCACAGCUACAACUGUGAACCGCGUGGUAGUUGAGAUUAUUAAAUAUGUUCGUUUUAUUUAAUCGUUUUAGUUACAAAUUAUUGUCAUUUCACUAUCUUGGAUCAUUUAUGAUAGGUAAUAUGAAAUCAUUGUUUUAAGUGAAAUUUAAUUUCAUCAAGAAUCUCUUAUAAGCUAUUUGUUAGGCCAGUAAGACGGACGUUUGUAAAAUGUUUGGUGGGACAGUCGUGACUCCAGACACAAACAAGUAAAGGGUAAGGAUUUAGGGCUCUUCCAUGAGGAUACUGCCUUUACCCCUUAAACUCCUUUUGUGUUUUGACGGUAUGCACAUUUGUCUCAUCGGCGCACUUACCCAACAACCCUUUGCCUCUUCUUUGCUCCAUUUUGUGAGUGAGUUGAGUUCAGUUCAAUGCCUCUAGAAGGCGUCAUGGUUUUGUAUAUCAUGCCAGUCUGUUCGGUUUGUUCAUGUAAUAGCGUACGAUUUGUAACGAACGGAUUUUAUUCAAUAGGGAAUUAAGAUGUCUUUUAGAGGGAUUGCCUUGACCAGGGCUAAGUUUGCGGACUACUUUUAAGUUCAAUGAGAUUAUUCUUAGACGUAAAUUGUUCUGUAAAUAUAGUGUAAGUACAAGGUAGAUUAACUGUAUACAUACUAAUACUAAUUUCAUAACUUAUCAAAAUAAUAAGAAAAUCUUAAUGUAAUUUAAUUCGACAAUUUUGAGUUUAAAUCAACUUCGUAUUUUCGGUAUUAGCGUAGGCGUUUUGUUUUGGACGGGUUCAAUCAAAAUGAACAAUAAGUAGAUAAUUUAUUUGAAUCAGUAAUUUGUUUCAAAUCAGCCCAGUGAAUGGCUUGUAUAGUUUGUGCUUGUUGUAUGGAGUUGUUGUAUUGAUGUUUGGGAGUUGUUUGUGACACAAGAAUUGUUAGUAUGUACGCACCACUAUCACAACACGUUUGAUAAGCUAAAUAAAUUCAUGUUAAUCUA